AUGGGGAACCAGGACGCGAAGCCGAAGAGGAGCGCAGGCGAUGCCCUGCACGGAGGCGGCGGCGGCGAGGACGCUGCCGGGCCCCGCGAUGCGGAGGGCACAAAGAAGGGGGGCGGGGGCAAGAAGGCGCCGGGCAGGCACGGCAAGGGGGGCGGCGGCGGAGAGCCUGGCAGGAAGAAGAGCAAGUCGGACCCCAGGGCCUCGGUCUUUUCCAACCUGCGGAUCAGGAAGACCCUGACUAAGGGUAGAGGUGCCGGUGGCUCACGUGAGGAUGUGCUGGAGCCCCAGGCCCUGCAGGCCGGGGAGCUGGACAGCGCCCACUCCUUGGUCACCAAAACCCCGGACCUAAGCCUCUCAGCCGACGACACAGGCCUGUCAGACACCGAGUGUGCCGACCCUUUCGAGGUGACACGUCCCCGGGGGCCCGGGUCGGCUGAGGCCGGGGGCCCGGCGGUCGCCGAGAAUUCGGAGACUGCGGCAGGGGCGCAGGAUGGACAAAGGACCAGUUCAGGCUCGGACACAGACCUUUACAGCUUUCACUCGGCUACGGAGCAGGAGGAUUUGCUCUCAGAUAUACAGCACGCGAUUCGCCUUCAGCAGCUGCAGCAGCAGCCCCAGAGCCCCGAGUCACCCGCAGCGUCGCCCCCUUCCGCCCCUUACCAGUUCGGGGCCCUGCCGGGCCUGGAACGACCCCUGCCGGGCCCCAGCGCCGAGCAGACGCCGUCCGCGCGUCCCGACCAGCCCUCGGCCCCAGACUUGUCCGCGUCCGCCGCCCUUCCGUCUCCUGAGUCUGCUUCUGGGGAGCCCUCGGCUGGAGUCCCUCUGCGAGGGGCAGGGGACACUGACGAGGAAGGCGAGGAGGAUGCUUUCGAGGACGCCCCCCGAGGCUCUCCGGGGGCGGAGUGCGACCUGGCGGAGAGAGAGGCCCUGCAGAGGCCCGGGGUACCGCGCGAGGAGGGCGCGCCGAGGCCCGGCGCCCCCGCGGCCGUCUCCCUGCCCGGCAGCCCGGCGCGCAGCCCACGCUGUCUCCGUUCUCGUCCGCUUCUCGCCCCCUGCUACGUCAGGACCACCACCCGGCAGCUCAGUUCGCCCGGGCCCUCACCGUCUGCGUCCCCCAGCCACAGCCCAAGGGUCCAGAGACGGCCGGAGUCCUCCCUGGGCCGGGAUUCAGGAGCCGUCACGGCCCCCGCGGCCGCCCCGGCCAGGAAGCCCCGCGCGGGCCGCAGCCGCUCGGCUGACUGGACAGCCGAGCUGGGCCGCGCGCCGGGUGUCGGGGGCUCAGCUCACCUGCAGCAGCGAGGGCCUGGCGGCCUCCAGGACGUUUUCGCGGGUGAGCGCCGGGCUUCCAUGGCUCAGGGCACUUGCCAGGUGACUUUUUCUGCUGACCAAACCUCUCCCCUUGGGUUGGUGCUCGCCUCCCUGUCACCUUAUUCCCUGCCCCUCCCUGUCACCAGGCCUGCCUCCCUCCUGAGGGAGUCUGAGUCAGGGGACCUGCCAAUGCUCCUGCCUAAUGACCGUGUCUCACCUGCAGGGCGAACUCUGUUGGAGAAGCUGUUCAGCCAGCAGGAGAACGGGCCUCCAGAAGAAGCAGAGAAGUUUUGCUCACGGAUCAUUGCUAUGGGUCUCCUUCUUCCUUUCAGUGACUGCUUCAGGGAACCGUGCAGUCAGAAUGCUCAGUCAAGCUCAGCUCCGUUCGAUCAAGAUCAGCUUUACACCUGGGCUGCAGUAAGCCAACCCACACACUCACUGGAUUAUGUAGAAGGGCAGUUUCCCAGGCGAGUACCGUCUGCUUGGCCACCACCUAAACCUCCUGAUGAAGAACACAGGCCUAAGGAUGCUGACACAGAAUCUCAGUCUGCUGUUUUAGAAACUCCGAAAAAAUGUUCAGAUGCUGUUCAGCAGGAAGUUUGUGACAUGAAGUCUGAGGGACAGGCAACUGUCAUUCAGCAGCUGGAACAGACUAUUGAGGAUCUGAGGACCAAAAUCGCUGAGUUAGAGAAGCAGUACCCUCCUGCAGACAUGGAAGGGGCCGUGGGCCCUCAUGGGGUUCCAAAUGGAGUGGCACCCCCAGAAGACAUCUGUCUUGAAGCUCUCAGGUUAGGAGAAAAGGAUGUGCAGCAUCAAAGGAUUUUACAGGCAAAGUCUAUCCAGACGUCCCCAAUAGAAGAGGGCGGGACACUGACACUGACUUCUGUGAGUGCGCUGCCGGAGUGCCUCCCGCACACACCUUGGGCUGAAAGCGGAAACUCAACGGUGCCGUCCUCACCUUCUAGACCUCAGACCAAAUUCUGUUCAGAGAUUUCUUUGGUUGUGUCUCCAAGGCGAAUAUCAGUGCAGCUCGAUGCACCUCAGUCCCUCCAGCCUUCACCACCUCCAUCCCUCCCUUGGUCUGUUGGUCAAGGACAGGCUGGAUCACGGCCUUCUCUUCAUACUGAAUUUGAAACCAGCCAUGAGCACUCUGUUUUCCCCUCCUCUGAAAAUAGCCAAAACCUCCCACUCACACCACCUCUGCCUUGCAUAGAGUCCUCCAGCGCCAUGCCUGGCCUGGGCAUGGCAACUCCCCCAUCACUUUCUCCCCCUGGCACAUUAGGGCCCGCUCCGCCCAGCACAGCAGUUCCCUCACCUCCUCCUCUGCCUGGUCCAGAGAUGCUGCCACACUCUCCCCAGCCUUUGCCAGGAGUGGGAAUACCUCCUGCCCCACCUCUUCCUGGAAUGGGAAUCCCCACUCCCCCACCUUUGCCAGGAGUGGGAAUACCUCCUGCCCCCCCUCUUCCUGGAAUGGGAAUCCCCCCUCCCCCACCUUUGCCAGGAGUGGGAAUACCUCCUGCCCCCCCUCUUCCUGGAAUGGGAAUCCCCACUCCCCCACCUUUGCCAGGAGUGGGAAUACCUCCUGCCCCACCUCUUCCUGGAAUGGGAAUCCCUCCUCCCCCACCUUUGCCAGGAGUGGGAAUACCUCCUGUCCCCCCUCUUCCUGGAAUGGGAAUCCCCCCUCCCCCACCUUUGCCAGGAGUGGGAAUACCGCCUGCCUCCCCCCUUCCUGGAAUGGGAAUCCCCCCUCCCCCACCUUUGCCUGGAAUGGGAAUACCUCCUGCCCCCCCUCUUCCUGGAAUGGGAAUCCCCACUCCCCCACCUUUGCCAGGAGUGGGAAUACCUCCUGCCCCCCCUCUGCCAGGUGAAGGAAUACCUCCUGCCCCGCCUCUUCCUGGAGUGGGAAUUCCUCCUGCUCCCCCUCUUCCUGGAGUGGGGAUACCUCCUCCCCCUCCUCUGCCAGGUGAAGGACUACCUCCUGCCCCCCCUCUUCCAGGAGUUGGGGUCCCUCCCCCUCCUCCUUUGCCAGGUAUGGGGAUUCCAGCUCCUCCCCCUCCUCCUCCUCCUCCUGGAACAGGCAUCCUUCUACCCCCACCACCCCCUCUGCUUCCUGGAUCAGGCCUUCCUCUCCCACCACAAGUUGGGAGUAGCACUUUACCAACACCGCAAGUGUGUGGAUUUCUUCCUCCUCCGUUGCCAACUGGCUUGUUUGGAUUAGGAAUGAACCAGGACAAAGGGAGUAGGAAACAGCCAAUAGAGCCUUGUCGGCCAAUGAAGCCUCUGUAUUGGACAAGAAUUCAACUUCAUAGUAAAAGAGAUUCCAGUGCUUCACUUAUUUGGGAAAAAAUUGAAGAACCAUCCAUAGAUUGUCAUGAAUUUGAGGAAUUAUUUUCUAAAACUACAGUAAAAGAAAGGAAGAAACCUAUUUCUGACACCAUCACAAAGACCAAGGCUAAACAAGUUGUCAAGUUACUAAGCAACAAAAGAUCACAAGCAGUUGGAAUAUUGAUGUCUAGCCUCCAUUUAGAUAUGAAAGAUAUACAGCAUGCUGUCGUGAACCUGGACAAUUCUGUUGUUGACCUGGAGACUCUUCAAGCUCUCUAUGAGAAUAGAGCACAGUCAGAUGAACUGGAAAAAAUUGAAAAGCAUGGCCGGUCCUCCAAAGACAAGGAGAAUGCCAAGUCUCUGGACAAACCUGAGCAGUUCCUUUAUGAACUAUCACUAAUCCCCAACUUUUCAGAGCGAGUCUUUUGCAUCCUGUUCCAGUCCACAUUUUCAGAAAGCAUUUGCUCAAUUCGUCGCAAACUGGAAUUGCUACAGAAAUUGUGUGAGACAUUAAAAAAUGGCUCAGGGGUUAUGCAGGUCUUGGGUUUGGUGCUUGCCUUUGGCAACUACAUGAAUGGUGGAAAUAAGACUCGGGGACAGGCAGAUGGUUUUGGAUUAGACAUUCUUCCGAAGCUGAAAGAUGUCAAAAGCAGUGACAAUAGCAGAAGCCUUCUGUCAUAUAUCGUGUCCUAUUAUCUUCGUAAUUUUGAUGAGGAUGCUGGGAAGGAACAGUGUGUGUUUCCAUUGCCUGAACCCCAGGACCUCUUUCAGGCCUCGCAGAUGAAGUUUGAAGAUUUUCAAAAAGACCUCAGAAAACUAAAGAAAGACCUGAGAGCCUGUGAGGUUGAAGCAGGGAAAGUGUACCAAGUAUCCUCACAAGAACACAUCCAGCCUUUCAAAGAAAACAUGGAACAGUUUAUUAUUCAAGCUAAAAUUGACCAAGAAGCAGAAGAGAACUCAUUGACAGAGACUCAUAAAUGCUUUUUGGAGACCACAGCAUAUUUCUUCAUGAGACCAAAAAUCGGAGAGAAGGAGGUGUCCCCAAAUGUUUUCUUCAGUAUCUGGCAUGAAUUCAGCUCUGACUUUAAAGACUUUUGGAAGAAAGAGAACAAACUUAUUCUACAAGAGAGAGUAAAAGAAGCCGAAGAGGUGUGUAGGCAGAAAAAGGGAAAAUCACUUUAUAAAAUAAAACCAAGGCACGACUCUGGAAUCGUAAGUAUUUAUCCUGCUUUUUGA